AUUCCGCCCUCAGUCGCUUGCCGGCGUCGGCCGCACGUAAUGGACCCGUCGGCGUUGAUCCGCGAAGUGCGGAAGCGGCCUCUCCUCUGGGACCAGAAAAACAUCAGCUACCACAACCGCACCCUCGCCGACCAGGAAUGGAACUCGGUCGCCAAAAUUUUAGGAGAAAAAAAGGAAGUAGCUAAACAAAAAUGGAAGAGCCUGAGGGACAACUACAGGAAGGAGUUGAAGAAGUACAAGAGGAUGGAAGGGAUGUACUCGGACGAGCCGCCUCUCCCUAAAUGGUCUCGUUUUCAAGAAAUGAGCUUUCUCACCGGCAUCAUGUCUACGGGCGGAAACGAUGAGCCGCUCAACGCAGCCGACCUGGUCGCAGUCAGCCUGGACAAAAGAGAAGAAGAAGAUUCCUCCGUGGAAAUGGAAGAAGAAGGUUUGGAAGAGGACAGGGCGAGGGUCGAACCGACCGUAUCCCAAGACACGUCAUACUUCCAGAGGCGUGAGCCCUUUACGAACCAACGGUGGUCGACCCAAAUCCUCUCGGACGACAACGGCGAUCUGCAUUUCCUCAAAUCCCUCUUACCCUUUAUGAAAAUGCUUCCUCCUUUAAAGAAGCUGGUUGUGCGUAGCGAAUUUCACAACCUGCUCAUCAAAGAAAUCACGGAACUGCAAAACCAGGAAAACCAAUCUUCGGAGAAACACUUGGUCAAAGCCGAACAAGAGGAAAACUUGACCAUGGACGAGAAUGUGUCGUCCCAAAGCAAAGAUCAAUAACGCAUAUUGUGAACGUUCCUUCCGCCGAUUAUUUACAAUCGUUGUAUAUAUUAUUUACGGAGUAUAAACAAAAAAUGUCAUGAAUAAUUAUAAAUUUGUAAUGAACAACGAACCAAGAUGGUAUUGUCAUUAAAACUAAAAUUAGGC